AUGCACGGCCGGCUUUCACUCUCAAUCUGCUCUCGCGAUUUGGUUUGCUGCUCGAUCCGAAUUUUUAAAAAUCUGAAAUUUAAGUUGUUGCUUAAUUUUGAAUCUGCUGAUCAGUGCUUAUCUGGAGGUGUGGUUAUGGCGAAGAAGAAGGAUAGUGUCGACCACGACCGCAAUGGGAAUGGCGACGGCGAACCCGAAUUUUCUGAUCCAGAAGAUUUUGUAGAUGACAUUACCGAUGAAGAAUUGGUUGGCGACGUUCUCCGCGCGAGACCAAAGGAGACAGACGGCAUCGAGAAUGUCGUGGUCGUUGAUGGACUUCCCGUCGUCGGGGAGGAUCGGUUGGACAAAUUAAAGGGAGUUAUCCGCAAAAUCUUUGGCAAGUUUGGCAACAUCAACACCGAAUCUUAUGCGUCUACCUUGGCAGAGGGACAAACUACUUCGUACAUGUUCAUCGAGUAUUCGGAUCCCCUCAGCGCUGCGGAGGCUGUCAAGACGAUGGAUGGCUACAAGUUUGACAAGAACCACACCCUUCUCGUCAAUUUGUUCACUGACUUUGAAAAGUAUGAGAAUAUUUCUGAAGACUGGAAAACCCCAGAACCUCAGCCUUACAAGGACGCUGGAAAUUUAUGGUACUAUCUUCUCGAGCCUGACGCAUUCGACCAAUAUUUGGUCGUUAAAAUUGGCAUUCCGAAAGGACCGCACCAGCCUUCGAAUGAUGUUCAAGUAUGGCUCAAUGCAAUGCCCGAGCCAAUCGAAUUACUUACGCGUGCUGGCGGAACGGAAACGAUCGCAAAAUGGUCCCCAUUAGGCACUUAUCUUGCAACCUUCCAUGGGAAAGGUGUGGCCGUCUGGGGCGGCGACAAGUUUGAGAAAGUCAAUCGCUUUGCUCAUAUCAAUGCUGAAUUCAUUGAUUUCAGUCCAAACGAAAGAUAUCUUGUUACCUUUUCUCCUAAGGCAGAAAGGCAGUACGACAACCCGGAAGUACUCAUUAUCUGGGAGAUUCGUACAGGUGCAAAGAAACGUACAUUUAGUGAAGUUUACAAGACUCCGUGGCCAGUCAUUCGGUGGUCACAUGAUGACAAGUUUUUCGCCAGAAUGGGACCUGACACACUCUCCGUUUACGAAACUCCUAGUUUUAGACUGCAAGACAACAAGAGUCUGAAGGUUGUCGGAAUCAGGGACUUUACUUGGUCCCCAACGGAUAACAUUAUUGCUUAUUGGGUGGCAGAAAACAAAGAUGUCCCUGCGCGUGUCGUGCUUAUUGAAAUUCCCAGUCGGUCGGAAAUUCGAGCAAAAAAUCUGUUCAAUGUUGCCGACUGUAGAAUGCACUGGCAAAAAUCCGGAGAUUAUCUGUGCGUGAAAGUUGACCGGUAUGCCAAGGUCAUUAUGAAGAAGGAUAAGUUGUUAGAUACAAAAUAUGGCGGCAUGUAUUACAACUUUGAGGUGUUCCACUUGAGAGAGAAACAAGUUCCGGUGGACAGCGUAGAAAUUAAAGAGCCCAUAGUCGCCUUUGCGUGGGAGCCUGUGGGUUCAAAGUUUGCCAUCAUUCACGGAGAACCAAACAGCAUGUCAACUUCUUUUUGGGGAGUCAAGAAGGGUGAUGCUCCAACCCUGAUGAAGAGGUUUGAAAAGAAACGGUUCAACUCCAUGUUCUGGGCUCCUCAAGGGCAGUUUGUGAUUUUGGCGCAAUUAAAGACGGCGGAGGGUCCUCUGGAAUUCAUCGAUACUUCCGAUUUCUCCAUCAUGAAUGCCAUCAUGCCUGAAAUGACGACAGAUAUUGAGUGGGACCCGACUGGGAGAUACGUCAUGUCCGCGGUUUCUGCAUGGACUGGGAAAGUGUCCGACACCGGUUUCUCCUUGCUAAAUUUUCAAGGACGCAUAAUUAGAAAAGAGCGUGUUGAGCGGUUUGGGAAUCUGUUUUGGCGUCCAAGACCUCCAUGCUUGCUUACUCAUGCUCAGGUUAAGAACAUCAAGAAGAACCUCAAAACCUACAGUCCUGCCUUUGAAGAGAAGGACAGAAAGAGGAGAAGCAAGGCUGAACAGGGGGUGAUCAAGAAACGACAAGAUUUGUUGGAUGCCUGGAAUGAAUAUCGACUAAAGAAACAAGAAGAGUACAAGUCUCAGAAGCCAAAGAGAAUGUUCCUCCGAAAUAACAAUGAUACGGACGAGCUUGGAGCGGAUAAGAACCAGUUACAAGAAGAAGUUUUUGAAAUUCUAAUAAAAGAAGAUGUUCAACCCUUGGAUGAGUAGUCGCCUUAAAUACUUCCGUGUCAUUUUUGGAUUCGUCUCGUACCGUCACGAGUCCCCUCACUUUAUUAUUACUUUAUUACAUUCAACUGAUUUUUUGGUAACAAGGACACAUUAUAUUAUAAUUAUAACUGUCAAUCGUAUGAUCAACAAUUGAUGCACAAAAACUGAAAAAUUGUCAUUCGUUAACUCGUUGGUUGUUCUGCAAGUAAUCAGUUCAAUCAGUGUGGUCAUUACACAUAUUAUUAAUUUUAUAAUUUAUAAUUUUAGCAAAAUCCUUUAUAAUCAUAAAACAACUAAAGAUGCAACAUUUGUAUAAUGUGUAUUAUUGUGUGUUAGCAGUGGCACUAGUGUUUAAUCAUGGUAGUAGUAGACUUAAAAUACAAGAUGACAGAUUCUGCCACUGGUUUCGAAAAAGACGAAGAAAAAUGGGUGUAGUUUUCUCGAUUUGUAUUAAGGUUAUUUAUCAAGAUCAUCAUAAUAAACAGUUUUGCUUAAAAGUAGAACCGA